GAAGACGCCGCACAAUAUCCGAUUUAGCGGCGUUCGGUCUGGCUGGCUGCAGGGGGAAACGAGCAUACCUCACGGUCUGCCCUCUUACUCUCAGCUGCAACUCUUAGAAUUCAAUCCCCAGCAUUUUUUCAAAUCGACGUGCCCCCUUUUCGCAAUUCCUUUGUUCCGGCGCAAUUAUUAAUACCUCGACUGUUCUGCUGCUUAUGAAGAGCUAUCGCAUUGAGAUUGCCAAUCGAGGAUAAGGCGAUCCAGUCCUCUGGCCAGCUCCAGGGGUCACCGCUACCGCGGCCGUCCAAAAAAACAACAUCAACGCGAGAAACGCUCGAUGUCGAACAACUACACACCAAAACGAUCCCUUGCACGACCUCGCCCUUCACUGAGCAACAGCGUCAAAACUGCUUCCACCCCCAACCUCAACGCCUCCUAUAAGGCUAGCGCGUUGCAAGUACCCGCGCUCAGCAAUAGAACGAACGCGCUUGCCCGCAAAGCAUCACUGAGCACGCUCACGUCGAGUUCCCUCGCUACCAUACCUGAUGCCAGCGUAGGUUACGGGUUGAGGACGGUGUUGGACGAGGAUUCACCUACUAUUGGAACUAUGCCGCCCUUUACUCCGUCUCGCGGGUCCGACGACGACCUUGAGGUCGGUGACCUGGUUGACGUUCCUGGAAGCAUGCAUGGAACCGUCAAGUUCAUAGGAACAGUCAACGGUAAGAAGGGAACAUUUGCUGGAGUGGAGCUCAGCGAAGAAUUCGCUUCCCGGGGCAAGAACAAUGGCGAUGUUGACGGCGUCUCCUACUUUUCGACAUCCACAGCCGGAGCGGGUAUAUUUCUCCCCAUCAAUAGAGCGACAAGACGCGGAUCGCCCUCAUCCCACGAUGGUUCGUUCCCCAUUACGCCAACAACUCCAUCAAUAGGGGGAGGAGGAAGUUUCAAAAUAGCUGGACAGGGACCAAAUACAUAUACCCCACCAACUCCGUCAGUGCCAAAGUUCAGCCAGUCGGUUGGACCAGGGCGAGCACCAAGUCCUCAAUUCAAAAAGUCUCGACCGUCCCUACCACGACCAGAAUCCCCUCUGCGAAAACCACAGCUAGGAGGGAGACCUUCAAUCGGUACACCUGUAACCAAAACACCUGCUCGAUAUGCCAGUCCCGCGCCUGGUAAGUUUGGACAAAGUGUGAGGGGUACACAAGACUCGAGGGAUCCGAGCAAGAAGGUUGGUUAUACGCCCAGGAAUGGGAUGAAGGCAAGCGUUGGCCCGCGAAGUGCUUCUGCUCUUGGACAGGCUCCUAUGAACUACAGCGAUGAUGAAACAACACCUGUUGGUGUUGCAAGAACCACCACCAAUGGAAGCCUUGGCUCUGUGUCUUCCUUUAAUACGAAGAUGCGGCCAGCAUCUAGGGCCAACGACGAUGAGAUCGAGAGAUUAAGAGGGCAGUUAGAAGAGCGAGAUCGCCAGUUAAAGGAUCAAGCAUCCAGCCUGGCGGAAAUGGAGAGUAGUCUGGCAGAAGUGCAGACAUUAAUGGGUAGUUCAGAUGGAGGGAGACAUAAUAGAGGGAGCAUGGAGGACAAAGACGCAUCACAAUUACGAACGUUGCUCCGGGAGAAGAACGAAAAGAUUGCCAUGCUGACUGCGGAGUUUGAUGCCCAUCGAGCGGAUUUCAGGAGUACAAUCGACACCUUGGAACUGGCUAGCACAGAGACUGAACGAGUGUAUGAGAAGCGUGUGGAAGAUUUGUUGCAAGAGGUCAGAGAAUUACAAGAAAGAAGCGAGGAUGUUGACAGUGUUGCAAGGCAACUGAAACAACUGGAGGAACUUGUCCAGGAGCUGGAAGAAGGUUUAGAGGACGCCCGACGUGGAGAAGCCGAGGCUCGUGGUGAAGUAGAAUUCCUUCGAGGAGAAGUCGAACGUACCAGAUCAGAACUCCGCCGCGAGAGAGAGAAAGCGGCGGCAGCUAUGAGCGGUGCCGCCAAUGGAGAAUCUCCGUCCAUGUCCAAGGAAGUGGAACAGCGAGACGACGAGAUUCGAGGCUUGAAGGCAAUCAUCCAUUCGUUAAGUCGGGACGCUGUCCCAGAUACGGCAAAUUCAAACGAACUUCAGAAAACCCCGACCCAACGACAAGAUAGUUCCUCCUCCCGGCGCCGUCCCAGCGACGGUGUUGAUUCCAUCAAAGAUCGCCUUGCACGAGAGAAGCUUGAGCGAGAAGUGAUGGAACUUCGAGCACUUGUCGAGUCUAAGGUUAGCCGAGAGGAUGAGCUGGAACGAGAGCUGGAACGAUUGCGCAGGGGCAGUGCUAGCAACACCGCCCCCAGUCAUCGUGCCAGCGCAAUGAGCACCGGGACCGUCACACAGGAUCGAUCCUCCAUCCGGGAUUCUAAAGGGACCGUCGUCAGCUGGCGUGACCGAGAACGGACGUCGCCAGAGAACCAUCGACGAGGAAACACUCUCGAGACCAUGCCGGAAAGUGAUACGUACUCGUCUGCUAAUGAGAGCUUUUGCGAGUUGUGUGAAACGUCAGGUCACGACAUUCUAACAUGCACAAACAUGUUUAGUCCUAAUGGAACCACAAACGGCACCCAUUCAAGAGAUGUUUCUGGAUCACAAUCACAGCUGAGAACGGGCAGGGACGUUGUCAAGGCUGGGCUCUCCCCAAAGUCUUCUCAUGAUGACUACAAACCCGCCCCCCUCUCACCUGUCAAGACGAAAGCAGUCCCAGCAGUCCCAGCAGCAGUGAGGAUCAUCCCAAACCCGAUGGAAUCAGGGCCCGUGGCAGGAAAGGAGAGUGGAGCAAUCAACAUGGAUAAGUGGUGCGGCGUGUGCGAACGCGAGGGGCACGAUAGCAUAGAUUGUCCUUUUGAAGAUGCAUUUUAGCGUGGAGGUAUGCAUCAGCGCGGCAGCAUGACUGGAUAAUAUUUUGUUCUUCCUUGCUGGGUUCAUUUGGGGAGCAUUGCGUGGAUGUGCUUAUUGCGUCGAUGAUACCAUUCUUUUUCUGCUCUUACUUUGGUAGUGGGUUCCGAGACCUCUGCGUCCAUGAAUGUUUUGGUUAGGCUCGGCUGGUUUGGGUGGGAAUGAAAUCGAAUGAAGUCAAGGUCAUGAUUCAUGUAGAUAUAAUCAAUAGUUAAUGAGAAUGAGAGCUUGAUUGAUGACCCGAG